GUCUUGGGCUCGAGUCCAGAACUCUACCAGAACUUGCUCUACUUUGCCCUGCGCCCUAUUGUCACAACCAACCAUGCCCGCAACUGUGGCACCGACCAGGUCGAAGCCCAGCUCUGAUCUCCAAUAUGCUGCUGUUAUGACGUUCUGGCGCGUUGUGACGGGUAUCUUCUUCAGGGAGAUCCGCUCGCGAGGUUCGUUCAACAUCCCCAAGGAUGGGCCGGUCAUCUUCGUCGGCGCGCCCCACAACAAUCAGUUUCUCGAUCUCCUGAUGGGUCUGGAAGUGUUCAAGGAGUCGGGGAGACAGGUCCAGUUCCUGGUCGCGCAGGCGAGCAUGGAGCGGCUGGUGAUUGGAUUCUUCGCGCGUCUCAUCAACAGCAUUCCCGUUCUGCGCGCCGCCGACUACGCGAAAGCCGGCACAGGCCGCGUCCGCCUCUCCCCCGAUGAUCCAUGCUUGGUUAUAGGCGAAGGAACGAGCUUCACCGCUGAGUUCACGCCUCGCAUGCAAAUCAUGCUGUCCAAAACAGCCGGGAGCGCGUUCGCCGAAGUUGCCGAGGUUAUUUCCGACACAGAGCUCCGAAUCAAGAAAGAGUUCGGUACGGAUGCCGGCAAGAGCACGGACAAGAUAAGGGACGCGCUGGAGGAAGAUUCCAGUGGGCUGGACUUCAAGCGGUUGCCACAUGUCGAUCAGCAGGAGAUGUAUCAGCAUGUGUACGACUGCUUGAACAGAGGAGGGAGCAUUGGGAUCUUUCCGGAAGGUGGUAGUCACGACCGCACGGAUCUGCUGCCGCUCAAAGCCGGGGUGUCCAUAAUGGCCCUCGGCGCUAUGGCCAAUGAUCCCAAUGUUCGCGUCAAGAUUGUGCCCGUGGGACUGUCAUACUUUCACGCUCACAAAUUCCGGUCUCGCGCUGUCGUCGAGUUCGGGCGCGCCAUGGACGUUCCGCCCGAGUUGGUGGAGAUGUUCAAGCAGGGAGGCACAAAAAAGCGAGAAGCCGUUGCCAAGUUUCUCGAUCUCAUCUUCAACGGUCUGAAAACAGUGACCGUACGGGCACCCGAUUACGAAACGCUGAUGGUUAUCCAAGCGGCCCGGCGACUGUACAAGACACCGGGCCAGCAUCUCACGCUUGGGCAAGUUGUAGAAUUGAACCGACGUUUGCUGGAAGGAUAUGAGCACUUCAAGGAUGAGCCGAGGAUCCAGAAUUUGCGAAAGCAAGUGCUUCAGUACAAUAGGCGGGUGCGGGAUAUGGGUCUACGAGACCAUCAGGUGCCUCGUGCCGAGAAAGCACGGUGGAAGACACUCGCCUUGUUGACUUACCGAACUGGGCUUCUUCUCGUCUGGGCCGUUUUUGCGCUUCCUGGUGUCGUCUUGAACAGCCCGAUAUUCAUCCUUGCUUCCAUAAUAUCAAGGCGGAAGGCAAAGGCGGCUCUCGCUGCAUCCCGGGUCAAAAUUGCAGCCCGUGACGUACUGGCGACAUGGAAAGUGCUGAUCUCGAUGGGUGUCGCGCCGGUUUUAUAUAUGCUCUACGCUGCGGUCGGCGCUUACCUCGCGGUUCGCGCCAACGCGAGCACAAAAUUGCGCGUGAUGGCGCCAUUUGCUAUCCUGAUUGGAGUUCCUCUCAUGAGCUAUGCUGCCUUGAAAUUCGGCGAGGCUGGGAUGGAUGUUCUGAAAUCGCUUCCACCCUUGAUCGUUGCAUUGAUCCCUGGCCAACAACGAUCGCUAGAUAAACUCAAGGCGAUGCGGGUUCAUCUCUCCAACGAAGUGUCUGAACUUAUCAACGAAUUCGGACCCAAAUCUACGAAGAUUUUGAUGAAGUGGGUGUUGAUCAUUUUGUUUGGAUUUCCGAACGUUGAAUUGCGUCAGGCUCGCAUUCUCCUCCCAUCGGCGACGGUUCCUCCGUCGAGCGGAAGUCAGGGAAUAUGGCGUCGGAAGAGCAGCAACGGGGCUGUCGAUGCUCAAGGUCUGGGGCUGACACAUCCGAUGACCUGGAUCGACGAACGGCUGUUUGGAUUCCGGGCCUCUGCCACCGCACCUAAUUCGGACGACGAGGAUGGUGGCGACUACGACAAUGUCAUCAACUACAUCCCUGGUCUGAGUCAAUUCUUGCACCCAAAUUCGUCCAACGGUGGGACAAGCACCGGCGUGAAAAGUCGGUCCGGAUCCUAUGCCGAUUUGCAGAAGUUGAAGAUGAGUGGUAAGCAAUAG